AUGGGCUGCGGCUGCACGAAGACAGGAAGCGAGCCCGACGCGAGCAAUGAUUACAAGCUGGCUCGGAAGCUUCAGCAGGAAGAGGAUCGUAAUGCCCGACGGGCUGCCGCGCAGGGCGCCCAAGGUGCCCAGCGGUCGUCACCCGCGCCUCAGAGGUCUGGCUGGCAAGCUGCUGGCAGCGGGCGUUCGCUUGGAGGACCUUCAAGUGAAGAGACCGGCCCUGUGUCUCCGGAGGAGAGGAGGCAGCGAGCCCUAGAGGCGGCAGAGCGAAGGCAGAACCAGGUCGCGGGCGUCUCUGAGAAGAAGGUGCAGGAAAUGCGCGCCAAAGAGCAAAAAGACGCCCUCCUCGGCAAGCUGGCGGAGCACUACGCUCGGCAAAAGACCGAGAUGCCCAUGGGCCUUUCAGCUGCCAGUGUUGAGCAGCUUCGGCAGCACUGGGAGACUGUCCGGAAGGACAAGGGCAGGGAGGAAGCCGUCCUCCAGUCGCCGGCUGUGUAG